GCCCCAGCGAGCCAGGCUGAGGUUUGCCUGUGGAGCAGGCAGCACCUCCUGCCCAGGGACCUGGCCUGAGCAGCACCUGCAGCUCCCAGCUGCAGCCCGGAGCCGCUGCCCCGCACAGAGGUCACCGAGGGGACUGGUGGAGGCUCCCGGCUCUGGCAUUGGGAAAUAUGACAGCAGAAGUGAAUGCUCGUUAACAUAAGGGAUUUACUGAAGAAGAAAGACAAAAUGCCUUUCAAAGGGCUUGGUUCACUGAAAGAAAGAUUUUUUAACCCAGGAAAGGAAGAGGUGAAGAACACCAUUAGUGACUCGCUGGGGAAUCUGAGAAGGAAGAUCGAUGGCACCAACGUGGAGGAGGAGACCCUUGAGCUGACAGCGGAGGGGCAGCCCGUGGCGGCGAGCAGCCGCCGGCCCGCGCUGUGCGAGUGCUACUGCUGCGGCCUGCCCAAGCGCUACAUCAUCGCCAUCAUGAGCGGCCUGGGCUUCUGCAUCUCCUUCGGCAUCAGGUGCAACCUGGGCGUGGCCAUCGUGGAGAUGGUCAACAACAACACUGUCUAUGUUGAUGGAAAGCCAGAGCUGCGGACAGCCCAAUUCAACUGGGAUCCAGAGACUGUAGGACUCAUUCAUGGCUCUUUUUUCUGGGGUUACAUUGUGACACAAAUUCCAGGAGGGUUCAUCUCAAACAAAUUGGCUGCUAACAGGGUAUUUGGCGCAGCUAUCUUUCUAACAUCCACACUGAACAUGAUCAUUCCUUCUGCAGCAAGAGUGCAUUAUGGCUGUGUGAUGUUUGUAAGGAUUCUUCAAGGUUUGGUGGAGGGCGUCACGUACCCAGCCUGCCAUGGGAUGUGGAGUAAAUGGGCCCCACCGCUGGAGAGAAGCAGGCUGGCUACCACUUCAUUCUGUGGCUCUUACGCAGGUGCGGUGGUGGCCAUGCCCCUGGCAGGUGUGCUGGUACAGUACAUAGGAUGGUCAUCAGUCUUUUAUAUUUAUGGAAUGUUCGGGAUUGUUUGGUAUGUGUUUUGGCUGCUUCACGCCUAUGAGAGCCCCGCUGUGCAUCCAACAAUAACCAAUGAAGAAAGGAUAUAUAUAGAAACAAGUAUAGGAGAAGGAGCCAGCCUAGCUAAUGCAAGUAAAUUUAGUACUCCAUGGAAGAGAUUUUUCACUUCAAUGCCGGUUUAUGCAAUCAUUGUGGCAAACUUCUGCAGAAGCUGGACCUUCUAUUUGCUCCUUAUAAGUCAGCCUGCUUACUUUGAAGAAGUCUUUGGAUUUGCAAUAAGCAAGGUUGGCCUUUUGUCUGCAGUUCCUCACAUGGUCAUGACAAUCAUUGUGCCCAUCGGAGGGCAACUAGCUGACUUCUUACGGAGCAGGAAGAUCUUAACCACUACCACUGUAAGGAAGGUCAUGAACUGUGGAGGCUUUGGGAUGGAAGCAACCUUGCUUUUGGUGGUUGGUUAUUCUCACACAAAAGGUGUGGCUAUUUCCUUUCUGGUGCUAGCAGUAGGCUUCAGUGGCUUUGCAAUUUCAGGCUUCAAUGUGAAUCACUUGGACAUAGCUCCUCGUUAUGCCAGCAUUCUGAUGGGGAUCUCCAAUGGCGUGGGGACGCUGUCGGGAAUGGUGUGCCCACUCAUUGUUGGUGCAAUGACAAAACAUAAGACCCGUGAAGAAUGGCAGAACGUCUUUCUGAUUGCAGCCCUGGUGCAUUACAGUGGUGUGAUAUUCUACGCUAUCUUUGCCUCGGGGGAGAAGCAGGAAUGGGCUGACCCCGAAAACCUCAGUGAAGAGAAAUGUGGCAUAAUUGAUCAGGAUGAACUGGCAGAAGAAACAGAGAUGAACAAUGAAACUUUUGUAAGUCCAAAGAAAACAUAUGGUGCUACCAGUCAAAAUAGUGAAGUACAGAGAAGGGAAUGGAGGAAGCAAAAACAAGUAACUCAAGACACGGAGGAACAGACUUCUUACCAUUAUGAAAAUGGAAAUUUUCAAGAUUUGUCUUAACACUUGAAACUGUAAUAUUUGUAUAGCAGCUACUCCCAUGACUCCUGCCUAGUGCCCCAAAUCAUCAGGUAUUCACAUUUAUUGUCUUAUUCAAUUACAUAACAUCUGGCCACAUGGCUAGAUUUGAGGGGUGAUAGUUCCCUCUCCAUGGUGUGUAAGAAGGCUAACGACAAUAGGACUGGGAUAAGCGAUCCUGAAUCCUCUCCCAGCCAUUAUAUCACCUUUGGAGAGCUUCUGUGCCAGUUAGAUGACCAGCCCUGGCAGGGCUUCUGCUUUAUGCAAGUUGUAGAACCUACUGUAGGAGCAAGGAGUUCCCUCAUCAUCUCCUUCUGAACAGAGAAAGGACAAGUGAGACCAGAUGGUGGCUCCACGGUGAUCUGUGUAAUCCCUGGGUCUCCAGUGGUGCCACAGUCUGUGGUGAGCAGACCUGCUUUGCCUUUUUAGGUUUCCUGUAGGGUGGCAUUUGAACUGCUUAAUCCAUGCCAAACCACAAGUUCAUGCUGAAAGAACUGAGCAGAGGGAAAAGUAGAUUUAUGACAGUAGGCUGUAAUUAAUUACUAAUAGUCACUCAACAAGGGGAAGAGGAACAUGUGGCAGAGGUGGCACAGGAUUUGUUCAACAGUUCCUACAAACUGAUUGGCAGAUAUCUUUAUAUGCACACCCCACAGAGUAUGGAUAAGACCAUAAAAUGGAUACUUGUAAAAUUUCUCCCCCUCCAAAGAUUUUGUGCUGGCAUGAAAUAAUUUUGAAUACAAAAUCAUCGUUAGUGAUGCAAUAUUAAUAAUCCUUAUGAAAGGAAAUCUUAGCCCUGUUUUGAUUAGGAUUCUCACUCAAUUCAUUGUGAAGUAAUUUGAAUAUAUUUUUCUAGUAUUACACUGAUAAAGUUCCUGCUCUCAACACCAACAGUCCUCGUUUAGGUGAAUGAGCUUACUUACAGGAGUAUUUAGUUCUGUAUCUGUAACUUUUCAAUGCCUCAGUCUUGUUCUUGCUAUGAAUGAAGCACUGUACCAUUUGAGAUUUAACAGGGCACCCAUGUAUAAAAGUCAUUAUCCUCUGGCAUUGGUGUACAUUUGACAGUAUAAAGUGGGUUUAGCCUUUUUCUACCAUUUUUAGAACCAAACAGUGGAGCAUGCCGUAUCAUCUCAGUUAGCUGCAACUCAGAGACUCAUUGUGGCAUUAAUACUCUUUUCAGAAUGGAUAAUUUCAGUAAGAUGUGAUUUAAUUUGUCUCUCAUUAUGACUACUGCCUCAUUAAACUCAAGUGAAAGCUAUCUUGUCUAGCCUACGCUAUGCUUUGUGAUGUUUCAGUAUUAUUGUUCUCAUGUACCACGUGCAGCCACUGUGAUGCACACAAGAUUUUAACAUUUCUCAGUUGCAUUUUGCUGUUUUAUUGAAGUGCAAUUGAAUAGCAUGAGUGCAAUUACACUUGCACAUUCAUUUGAAUCCAUGGAUGAUUUAUCUUCUCCACAAACACUUAUGUUGGGAAAUUAGCUAUUCUCUGUUCAUGACUCUUGUGUCUCUUCUACUCAGCAAAAUCCAAUCUGCAACUGUAUAUCAGUAAGAAGGAAAGUGAGUAGAAUGCCUAAUUUGAACACAGUGAAGACUUUUUAUAUGAGCAGAUAAUUUAAUGAAAGGGGUAGUUUUAUGGUGCAGCUCAAUCCUGCUUAAAAAAAGCCCUACAUUUUAUUAAUAAGCCACUCCAAAAAAUUUGUCACUUUAUGCUGCUAAGUCAGAAAAUAAUAAUUUUUAAAAUUCAAAAACUCAUGUUAGACUAGAAUCCCUUCUUUCACUACUGAUAUUUACAACAAGUGCAAGAAAAUAUUGCUUUCAGGUGAUAGUCAGAUUUUGGGGAUUUAAUUGGCAGGAACUUGGGUCAAAUAUUCUCAUUAGUCUAUCACAAUAGCAGGACCAGCUGCUGUCAAACUAUUUUGCAACAUUCACUAUAAUUUACAAAAGAAAGAGGUCCACCACUUUGCAGAUGUGCAGAGCAAACAGCUUCUUCCUCUCUCUCCAGUAAUGUAACAUUCAUAUAGCUGCUACAGGAAGUCUAAUAUGAAAAACCAUAUUAUGAAAGGAUUCAAUAUAAGAAUCUGUAUAAGUAUAAUCUGAGGGAGAAAAGAGAAGACCAGACAAUGUAUUACUCUAGAAAUAGUAACAUUUGCUUGGAAGCAGCAUCAUUUUUCCAGUAAUGAUGAAGGGUAACUUUCCUGUUGUUAAGAGGAAUAAAAAGGGAGUGAAUGCUGUUGUUAUGACAGAAUAAUAAGCAUCCCAACAGUUUGGGGAAUGGCCAGCUGGCCCACGAGAGCUUGGCUGCCUCUCUGGUGAGUGUAGCUGCUAUUUUUUCCUGUUGCAGAUGCACCACAGCUGUCACAAGUGACAAGCCACAGCUCAGUUUAGCAGGAUCAUUUUGUAGCCACAAACAGACUGCACUGAUUUAAUUCAGUGGAAGUUUGACUUCAGUGGACAUUUGAGCAUUUUUAAUACAUUAAAAUAAAAAGUCUAAAAACAUCUGGAAAACUUCUGCAUUAAAAACCCCUUUCUUUUUUGUCUGAAUUUAGCUGUCUAUUAACCCAAUAUAUCAACUCUUACCAGUUAAAAUUACAUACGCAGUGCUUUUUCAGGCACUCACAGUGAGAUGUUUGGGCUUUCUCCCUUUCCUUUUCAUUUGUUUAAAUAUUUCAGGUGCAUUGCAUGAAGUGUAAACAUCAGCACUGACUGGAAACUAGGUUUUUUUUUUUUCCUGGAAAUCUCUGUGCUUAAUCAACUCUUUGAUUUACACAGUGGUUUCCACAAUCCUGUAUGACAAAGAAUAAAGACAACCUAUUGAGAACAAACUGACUUUGUAGCUUCAGUUUUGCUGGAUGUUUCUAUCUGCAACAUGCUUCAGUAGAAUUUUCUUGUGGAGUCUAAGGAGAUAUGGUCACUGAGGAUGUUUUUCCUACAAAAUGACUUAAAAUAUGUCAGAAUUUGGAACAUUUAAACAAUCAGGGAAACUGGUAUAUCCCACUCAGACUUCUGAAAAGCCAUGUCUCAGGUGGUAGUAGAUGUGAAUAAUUCAAAUGACAUUUUCUGUGGAGAAAUAGUAGCUUGAUUACACUUCAUUUAUCACAUUGUUUGAAUAUUUUUCUGUCCCCACUUCCAAAAUAACUUUUGCAUAUUUUGAAAUAUGGCAGUGCUCAUACAAGUCAGAGUUUGAUUUGGAAAUGGCUUUCUGAUUGCAGAAGGAAGCAAAAUGUACUUUACACUGGAAUUAAGAUUUCAAGUAGGCCAGAGGAAGCUUCAACUCUCCUUAAGUUGAAAUGGCAGAGUAGUCAACAAGAAUGCAUUCAAGUCUUAGGAGAAAAAAAAGCAGUACAGUAAGUCCCAGGAAUGUUGUUCAGUGUUGUUGUCUACUGAUCUUUCUUAACAAAGAAAGCUGUAGCUUUUAUUUCUUUGACAGCUUAUAUUUUUUAGGCACUACCAGUAGAUAUUUAAUGAUAAUUAAUACUCAUCUUAUAUUUUUGUAAGAGUUAAACAAAAAUGUCCCUUUUAUGGAACAUUUAAUGACAGAAAAUUAAUGACAGAAAUUAAUGACAGAAAUGAUGAAAAAAUCACCUGAGUAGGAAUUUCUCCAGGGAAAUAAUCUCAUAGUCCAAAAGAAUGUACAGACUUUGGAGUGAAAUAUAUAACAAGGGCAUCCAGAUGUUGAUAAAAUGCCAGGAGGAGCCUCAUGUGUAACAUAAUGAACUGAAAGCAGGAAGGUAAAAAUUAACUGAAGGUCAUGCAAAAUGUGUUAAGGCUUCACGAGUAUGUUUCUGACUGACUUCUUUUGACAGUUACAGAGAUCUGUAAGUUUAGUUAUUAUUUUAAGGAAAAUUUUGCAAAAUACCAGAUUUGUUAUCUUAUUUUUCUCUUUAUUUUCCAUUGAAGGUCUUAAGUUUAGACUGCUAUUUAAUAACUAGUAUUUUAAGAGAGAAGAGUAUUUCUUGCAAUUUAAAGAGUAGAAAGGGGACUAGAGAAAAAGAGAAAGCAAAUUGCUGCCACAAAGCCAUGCAGACAGAAGGCUGAGGAUGGAUAAGAAAUCAAAUUUCAAAUCCUGGAAAUAGAACUUGGAGUUCUCUAGAUUUUUGAGUUAAAAACCUACAGGAUAUGUGCCAUGAUCUAAUAUUCUGCAUCAUCCUAGGGUCCCAGGAAUUCACUCAGGUCCCCUGUCAAAGCUUAAGUCUCAUGAAAUCAAGAAUAAAUGGAGAGAUUAAAAACUCCUCAUUCUUAUGUCUUCCAAAUAUUGGAUUAGAUAAUACUGCUGGAAAGGUAACAUUAUUCAUACAGCUCUAUGUGUCCAUGCAGAAGACAGGCUUCCUACUAAAAAUGCUUUCAACUACUUACAUACCGGUAUCAGUUAUUUCUUAACUUCCAUUUGAUAGCAGUGUUUAGCUGUGACAGAAGAAAAUGUCCCUUUUUUUAUCUCAACUUGUUUGGUUUUGUGUUUAUUCUACUUAUUUUUACAGCUGUUCUGCAUGCAAAAUUACAUAAGUAAAGAAGAAAAUUUAUGUAAGAAAUGUUGUAAGAUUGUACUUCUUCAUGCUGAACUACCUAUAGCAUAAUAAGAGCCAAAACAUUUUUUCCACAGAAUAUUUGGAUAUUUUAGUCUUGAUCACAAUAAAAGCUUGACCUGUUUAUUUUGUUGUCUCUGUCCCAUGCUGUCCUGUACUGCCCCUCAAUUUAAUUACUGUAUUGGAUAUCUACAGUAGCUAACAGACUAAAUUUGUUUAUGUAUAAACAUAUUUAUCUGCUCAAUAAAGUCAG